UUCUACAUGUUCCUUCAUUGAGUGUGAAACUGAUAAACAACGAAAUUACAACAUGGAUUCCACAGUGCUCAGCAAUAACUCCCUGAAAAUAAGCAGUGAGAGCUCUGAAGAAAUUUAUGAGGAUUAUUACAGUGGUAACCCAGAUGCACCCUCAGUGUGCAGGUAUGAAAGACACGGUGCUCUGUUCCUGCCUGUCCUGUACUCCCUCUGCUUUGUCAUCGGCCUCAUCGGCAACAGCCUUGUCUUCUGGGUCAUACUGGCUCGUGUGAAACUGCGAAACAUGACGGACGUCUGCCUCCUGAACCUGGCCAUCGCUGACCUGCUACUGCUCUGCGCCCUCCCCUUCCUGGCACACAGCUCCAGAGCAGACUGGGUCUUCGGUGAAGCCAUGUGCAAAAUCAUCCUUAGCACCUACUACAUUGGUUUCUACAGCGGCAUCUUCUUUGUCAUACUGAUGAGCAUUGAUAGGUACCUGGCGAUCGUCCACGCUGUCUAUGCCUUGAAAGCCAGGACGCGCACCUAUGGACUUAUUGCCAGUGCUGUGGUCUGGAUUCUAGGGUUUUUGGCUUCAUUCCCAGAGGUUCAUUUCAUUACUGUUGAUCACCUGUCUAACGACACACAGUGUUUAGUUAAUUACAAUACAAAUAAGUCCUUGACAGUAUUUGGCCUGUUAAAAAUGAAUGUUCUCGGCCUUCUGAUUCCAUUAGGCGUUAUGGUGUUCUGCUACUCAAUGAUCAUCAGGAGGCUGCUCCGCAGCAAGUCACUGAAGAGCAAGACAAUACAGCUUGUGCUCUUGGUAGUUGUGGUCUUUUUUUGCUGUUGGGUUCCAUACAAUGUUGCAUCAUUCUUCAAGGCACUUGAACUUUUACAAGUCUACACUGCAUGUCAUUCCAGCAAGGCUAUCCGACUGAGUCUGCAAAUCACAGAAGCUCUCGCUUAUUCUCACACCUGUUGGAACCCCAUCCUUUAUGUCUUUGUAGGGGAAAAGUUCAGGAAACACCUCCUAACCCUUAUAAACAGGGCUUUCAGCAAAGAGCACUCCUUCUUUAUUACUUCUUCACCAUCAGUGCACUCCCAGUCAAGCAAAUCUGAAUAAAUAUCACCUUAUACAGGUGGCAGACAAAAUAAUGGAAGCAACAUUGAUAUCAAGGACCUAAUUAAAUUCACUUUCAUAGAGUGCUCUUCUCACACAGUGACACAGAGCACUGAACAAAGGAUCAGAGGCACAAUACAAAUAAAAGGCUGGCUAUAUAUUGAAUUACUAUAACUAUACAAUUAAAGCUAUAAGUAAGCCUGCUGGAACAAAAGAGGAGCAAAUGAAAGGAAGAAAAAAUGAACCAAAAGACAAGGGAGGAAAAAAAAAUCUCUGGGGGUCCCAGUGCCAGUGCUGCCCACCCAUACUGAGCAUUCUAAAUUUAAAAAAAAAAAAGGAGACAUAGCAUCACCACUAGAUGCUAAUAAGAAGCAGGGCCACCUUUCGCCUCCAGAACAGUUUCAUUCCUUCUCUGAUGCUGCCACACAAGUCCUGAAUUCUGUGAAAAGCCUGCAGUGCUGAGGAAUAAAGGUGGAAAUUGUCUUCAUAAUUUGCAUUGCAGAACUUGUCUUAAAGGUUCAUUAAUGUUGAAUUGUGGUGACUGGGAAGGCUAUGGAAGGUAUUGAAUUCAUUUAGCAGUGAGUAUGGAGGCACUAUCAGCUAUCAUUACGGAAACAACAUACGGGAACAAUGUUUGCACCAUAGAGGGCACCUAGUCUUGGGAAAUGGCCUCAUAUUCCUUGGCCAUCAUACGAUCAUGCAGAGCUGCCAUCAAACCUAAUGACUCUCAUGAGAUGGCUGUCCAUAUUAUUAAAGAUCCCCUAUCAUGUUUAAUAGUUGGUAACAGACUGUUGACAGCACACAAUCAUCCUUUGGUUUUCUCCCAACGUAAACCCAUCCCUGUCAGAAAUCAGGUAAAAGGUGACUCAUCAGACCAUAUUACUUUUUUUCCAUUGCUCGGGGGUCCAGAUUUUGUGCUUUUUACACCAGAUUGUGUGUCUGUGUGUUGUCCUUGGAUAGAAUUCUAAAUAGCAGCCAUGCCAUAAAUUCCACCAUUGUGAGGCUCAUGAGGUAGUUUUUCUACAGACUAGGUCACACAAGUGCUUGUUCAUUCCUGUGGUAAUUUUUGAGGCCAUACAUUUGUGGCACCAAGCAAUUAUCCGUUAAAGAGUCCAUUUAUCCAUGUUUGUGAAUUCUGACUGGUGACCAUAGUUUACCAAUGCAGCUUGUCCAUGUUUGGCAUAUGCGUU